AUGAGCGAACUCAAAUGGCCGUCUGCGCGGGUGCGCAAGGCCUUUUUUGACUACAUGGAGCAGCGGGGUCACACGAUAGUUCCCUCUGGCUCGGUCGUUCCCUACGAUGACCCCACCUUGCUCUUCACCAACGCGGGCAUGAACCAAUUCAAGCCCAUCUUCCUCGGAACUAUCAACAAAUCCGAUCCCAUGUCUAACCUGAAGCGUGCGGCCGAUACUCAAAAAGUCAUCCGUGCGGGUGGCAAGCACAACGAUCUCGACGAUGUCGGCAAGGACAGCUAUCACCAUACCUUCUUUGAAAUGCUGGGCAACUGGUCCUUCGGCGACUACUUCAAGAAGGAGGCCAUUGAAAUGGCUUGGGAGAUUCUCACAAAGGUCUAUGGCCUAGAUCCUAAACGUCUAUAUGCGACCUACUUUGAGGGUAGCGAGGAGCUCGGUCUGCCCCCCGAUGAGGAGGCCAAGCAGUUGUGGCUUGACAUUGGCAUGCCUGCUGAUCAGAUUAUACCCGGAGACAUGAAGGAUAACUUUUGGGAAAUGGGUGAUCAAGGCCCUUGCGGUCCUUCGAGCGAGAUUCACUACGACAAGAUUGGCGGACGAAAUGUGGCACACAUUGUCAACAAAGACGACCCCAUGGUGGUUGAAAUUUGGAACCUCGUUUUCAUGCAAUUCGAUCGCCAGAAGGAUAGAAGUCUGAAACCUUUACCCGCGAAGCACAUUGACACCGGUAUGGGUUUCGAGCGAAUGGUUUCUGCUCUCCAGGACACCGUUUCCAACUACGCCACCGACUGCUUCACUCCUCUUUUCAAGCAGAUCGAAGAAGUCACCGGCGUUAGACCGUACGGGGAUAAGUAUGGCAAGGACGACGUUGAUGGCAUCGAUACUGCCUACCGAGUCAUCGCAGAUCACAUUCGAACCCUUUCCUUUGCCAUCACGGACGGUGCCGUCCCCAACAGCGACGGCCGUGGCUACGUAAUUAGACGAAUUCUGAGAAGAGGCGUGCGAUAUGCGCGCAAGUACCUCAACGCGGAAAUCGGUAGCUUCUUCUCCAAGGUUCUGCCUGCCCUUGUUGCUCAUAUGGGCGAGCAAUUCCCCGAGCUUGUGAAGAAACAGCAAGACAUCAAGGAGAUUCUCGAUGAGGAGGAAGAGGCCUUCGCCCGCACUCUAGACCGUGGCGAGGCACAAUUUGAAAAGUAUGCGGCCAAGGCGGCCAAAGACGGUGUCAAGAAGCUUGAUGGUGAUGUUGUCUGGCGUUUGUACGAUACCUUUGGCUUCCCUGUCGAUUUGACCCAGAUCAUGGCCGAGGAGCGCGGACUUGAGAUUGACGAGAACGAAGUCAAUGUUGCUAAAGAGAAGGCUCGCGAGGCUAGCAAAGCUGUCAAGGCGUCUGUCGACACCUUUGCCAAGCUUGACGUCCACCAAAUUGCCCAGCUUGACCAACAAAAGGUUGCUCGAACCAACGAUGAUGCCAAGUUUGUCAAGGGUGACAGCAAAGGCAAGGUUCAGCUUAUCUUUGACGGCAAGACUUUCCACAACUCUACCAAGGAGUUGCCAGAGAAGACUGCCAUUGGUGUCUUGCUGGACAAGACCAACUUUUAUGCCGAGUCGGGUGGUCAGGUUGCCGACACUGGCCGCAUUGUGAUUGAUGAUGUUGUUGAGUUCAAGGUCAUGGAUGUCCAAAACUACGGUGGCUUCAUCCUCCACAGCGGUUACAUCGAGUACGGCGCGCUCUCGUCAGGAGAUGAGGUGAUCUGCGAGUACGAUGAGCUGCGUCGUUCGCCCAUCCGCAACAACCACACGGGUACGCACGUAUUGAACCACUCCCUGCGACAAGUUCUCGGCGACGAUGUCAACCAAAAGGGCUCGUUGGUGGACAACGAGAAGCUGCGUUUCGAUUUCUCACACAAGACCCAAGUCAAAAUUGAAGAGCUCCGCAAGAUUGAGAAUCUCAGCAACGAAUACAUUCGUCGCGGUUCAAAGAUCUUCUCCAAAGAUGUGGACCUAGACCAUGCGCGCCAGAUCGAAGGUGUUCGUGCUGUCUUUGGUGAAACAUACCCCAAUCCUGUGCGUGUCGUCUCUAUCGGUAUGGACAUCGACACCAUGCUCAAGGACCCUAAGAAGCAGGAGUGGCGUGAAUACAGCGUUGAAUUCUGCGGAGGUACCCAUGUCGAGCAGACCGGUCUCAUCAAGGACCUGAUCCUUGUGGAAGAAAGCGGUAUCGCCAAGGGUAUCCGACGUAUCAUUGCGUAUACCGGCGAGGCUGCGCACCAAGUGCAGCGCGAGGCGACCGAGUUCUCCAAGAAGCUGGACUCGCUCGAGGGCAUGCCGUUUGGCCCCGCCAAGGACGCCAAAAUCAAGGUCAUCUCUCAGGAGCUCAGCCAGCUGGUCAUUUCUACUCUGACCAAAGAUGAGUUCAACACUCGCUUCCAGAAGAUUGCUACUUCAGUCGUUGCCGAGCAGAAGAAGCGCCAGAAGGCUGAGGCCGGUGCGGCUGUGAACUGCGUUGUCCAGCACUUUGAAGAGAAGAAGGAGGUCGAUUACUUCGUCGGUCGUCUGCCCAUCAGUGCGAACGCCAAGGCUCUGACAGAGGUGUUCAAGCACUUCCAGGCCAAGGAUAAAACCAAGUCGGUCUACGUGUUUGGUGGUAGCCAGGAGGAGGGUGCCGUCGUACACGGCGUCUACGUUGGAUCCAACCUCGCGUCCAAGGGCGUCACCGCCGAGCAAUGGGCUUCGGUUGUUUCAAACGUAGUAGGCGGCCGAUCUGGUGGCAAGGAGCCCACGCGCCAGGGCCAGGGUACCAAGCCUGAGAGCAUUGACGAUGCUGUUGAAGCGGCGAGGAAAUGGCUCGAGGAGAAACUUUAA